AGCAGUGAUGGUGAUUGCGCGUGUCGGCAUGACAGCAGCGUCUCGCCUUUGUAAAUAGCGACGUUCUGCAGUUGUGUGUGUGCGCCGCUGGGCGAGUCUUCGCCGCGUCUGUCUCCGUAGCUCCCCAUUUUCCGAGAAAAGGAGAGGAGAAUUAGCUCCGGGAGGAGGGCCGCCGCCAUUAUUGGGAAGCUGGGGGAAAAAACACUUUCACACACACGCAAUCUCUUGUUAAAUUGAUAAGGACGUUACCAAUUUAUUGUAUGAAGCCAGUUUAGAAUAAACCUUGUACGGCAAUUGCAGCAACCUCGACUGGUGUCCCGUGCAUGAUCGAUCCAGCAUAAUGUUGGCACAACAAUGGACAUAAUAAUUGGUCAAAAGCAACGUGGUGAACCAAGGAGAAGACGGUGAAACAAGCUUUUAUUCUCCGAGGAGAGAAAAAAAAACAGGAAGAUCAUUGUUUUUACGUUAGUAGUUUUAUUAUCACAAAGACAACGAAAAUAUCAAUGAAAUUGGAAAUAAUCAAAAUAGGGAUAUAGACUUAAAAUUAAUCUGUCAAGCUAACAAUAACAUAUGUAUAGUUAUUUGUGUCUGUUUCGGAAUCAAACGAGCCACAUUUGUGUUUCUUGUCCAUGUAUAUCAGGCGGCGAGGGCUGCGGCAAGCGCUGGCCUGACAGAUUCAGGGAGAAUGCGAUGGCUCAUAGCUACAUUAGGAAUGACUGAGAGAAGCCUCUGCCUUUGCUACACCCCUACACUGCUGUUGAUAAAACAUGAAGCACACUAGAGGAAACACCAACUAAUCUGCCACUCACAUCAGGUGUACUCUUCUAUCGAGUCCCUGAAUAUGGCAGGAUGAGUGUCAGCAGACGAUAAUGAUGGCGAAAAAGCAGGAUGCGAAGUCACCCACAUACAACCUUAUUGUUGUGGGUUUGUCAGGGACGGAGAAAGAGAAGGGCCAGUGUGGAGUGGGCAAGUCCUGCCUGUGCAACCGCUUUGUGCGCCCCAGUGCUGAUGACUUCUAUCUGGACCACACGUCAGUGCUGAGCACCAGCGACUUUGGGGGCAGAGUGGUUAACAAUGACCACUUCCUGUUCUGGGGGGAGGUGGGGCGGGUGGUGGAGGAGGGGCCGGAGUGCAGGAUGCAUGUGGUGGAGCAGACCGAGUUCAUUGAUGACCAGACGUUCCAGCCACACCGCAGCACUGCCAUGCAGCCCUACAUCAAGAGGGCGGCCUCCACCAAGCUGGCCUCUGCAGAGAAGCUUAUGUACUUCUGCACGGACCAGCUGGGGCUGGAGCAGGACUUUGAGCAGAAGCAGAUGCCUGAGGGCAAGAUACAGGCUGACGGGUUCAUGCUCUGUAUGGAUGUCAGUAGGGGGAUGAACCGCAACUUUGACGACCAGUUGAAGUUUGUCACAAACCUUUACGGUCAUCUGAGCAAAACAAAGAAGCCCAUUGUGCUGGUCUUAACCAAGUGUGAUGAGGGGGUUGAACGCUACAUCAAAGAUUCUCACACCUUUGCCAUCACUAAAAAGAGUCUUCCAGUAGUGGAGACAUCUGCACGCUCUAACAUCAAUGUUGACCUAGCCUUCAUUGCUUUGGUGCAACUCAUUGAUAAGAGCAGGGGCAAGCCCAAGAUCAUUCCUUACUUUGAAGCCCUCAAGCUCCAGAGUCAGCAGAUAGCCCUGGCUAAAGACCGAUACGAAUGGCUAGUCAACCGCAUAGUGAAGAACCACAACGAGACAUGGCUUAACACCAGCCGACGCAUGCACAGCUCCUCAGAGUUCAAGGAAUACGUCUUUCUAGAGGGUACAGCGAAAUGCAAGAAGCUCUUCCAGCAGCAUGUGUACCGCCUGAAACAGGAGCACAUUGAGAGACGUCGGAAAAUCUAUCUGAGCACUCUUCCUCUAGCACUUAGCUCCCUGGUGCCUGACCUGGAUGAGAUUGACCAGCUGAGCUGGUCUGGGGUUCAGAAGGUCCUGGAGUCCAAGCAGCACUUUGCCCAUUGGUUUGUGGUUUUGGAGGACUCUCCAUGGGAGGACACGUCUCACAUAGAUAACAUGGAGGAUGAGCGCAUCCCCUCAGACCUGUUGGAGACGGCCCCAGCCGAGUACAUUUUCAACGCCCACCUGGAGCACCUGAGGAAUGAGUGCAAGCGGGCCGAGAUGAGGCAGGAGUUCAAGCACAAGUUGGCCUGUUCUCCCUUUGUCACGCCUGGCAAGCCCUGGGAAGAGGCCCGCAGCUUCAUCAUGAACGAAGACUUCUACCAAUGGUUGGAGGAAUCAGAGUACCUGGACCUUUACAACCGCCACCAGAAAGAGAUAAUAGACCACGCUAAGGAGGACUUCCAGGAGCUGCUGCUGGAGUACUCUGAGCUCUUCUAUGAGCUGGAGGUGGAUGCCAAGCCCAGCAAGGAGAAGAUGGGGGCCAUCCAGGAGGUUCUAGGGGAGGAGCAGAGGUUCAAGACCCUGCAGAAGCUUCCAGCUGAGAGAGAUGCUCUGGUGUUGAAGCAUAUCCACUUUGUCUACCACCCAACCAAGGAGACCUGUCCCAGCAGCCCACAGUGUGGAGACUUCAAGAUAGAGCAGCUCCUGGCCUCACGUUUCCCAACAUGCUACCCAUUCUUCAAUGUGAAGUCCCAUUUUGGGGAUAUUAAAGCUGACCGAAUCAACCUUGUGAUAUUGGGCAAAGACGGACUGGCCAGGGAGUUUGCCAAUGAGAUCAGGACUCUGUGUACCAAUGACGACCGGUAUGUGCUGGAUGGGAAAAUGUAUGAGCUGACCCUGCGACCCAUCGAGGGAAACGUACGACUUCCUGUAAAUUCCUUUCACACUCCCACUUUCACACCCCAUGGAUGCCUGUGUCUGUACAACUCAAAAGAGUCCCUAACUUACGUCGUAGAAAGCAUUGAAAGGUUGCGGGAGUCAACUAUAGGUAGAAGGGACAGCCAUAUAGCUCAGCUUUUAACAUCUCUGCUCUUGGUUACUAAAAGGGGAGUAGGGACAUAUGCAGAUAUUGGGGGAGAAACUGCUUUAGGCCUAAUAAAACAGGGACAGCAGGUAGCAAGGAGACUGCAGUGUAGCUUCCUAGACCCAGCCUCUCCUGGUGUGGGCUAUGGGCACAAUGUGAAUGACAGUCAGAUCAAUCAAGUAUUGAGGGGUCUCCUGGACUCUAGGAGGAGCUCAUCUUUUAGUAGCAGCUCCCCACCUCUGCCCCCUAAACCUCCAGGCCCAAGAGACUCUCCUCACCAGCCCAGCCCAGAGGCAGACAUCCGCAUCGUCAUGUGCUUGAUGUGUGGAGACAAUUAUGACGUGGAACAGCUCCUCUCUCCCUUCCUACUGCCUCAGCACUGCAGGCCAACAUCCAAUAGUGGGACCUCAGUGAUACUGGAGCAGACAGUGGGGCCUCACAAACAGGUGAUUGAGCUCUCCCUUCUUUCCUACCACGCCUCCUUCUCCCUGCGGAAGAGCAGAUUAGUGCAUGGCUACAUUGCUGUGUACUCAGCCCGCCGCAAGGCCUCCCUGGAGACUCUAUGUGCCUUUCUGUGUGAGAUCCAGGACAUCAUCCCUGUUCAGCUGCUGGCAGUAGGGGAGAGCCAGGUGGAGCUCACAGAAAGUGAGUCUGCCAGAGAGCAGCUAGUCCAGGGAGAGGAGCUGGCCCAAGAGAUAGAAGGCAGGUUCAACAGUGUGGUGUGUGGGUCUGGAGGGGUGGUGGGCGGCCUGCACAGGAUAGAGAUGUUCCAGCACUUCCUGAUGGAGGUGGUGGAGAAACGCAACAUUGUGGAGGCAACACACAUGUAUGAUAACGUGGCUGAGGCCUGCACUAACGACACUGCCUACUCCCCUCGCUGUAGCUCACCCAGCCCUGGCAACAUGUUCCUAGACUCUGAUGUGGAUGAUGUGGAGCCCUCCCCACCCUACUUCGAUGGCACACUCACCUCCCAUAGUGGGGGCUUCAACCUGCCUGACCUGGACUCCAGCGAUGUCUCUGUCAUCUCUGACAUCAGCUCCUUUGAGAACAAACUCAACAGCAAGGUCCCUCCCCAGGUGAGGCCCAAGCCCACUGUGACCUUUGACUUCCGGAAGGUGGGCCGAAACCCCUACAACACGGAUACCAUGGGCCACCGUCGCUCCCUGCCCUCUGCUGUGACAUGGGUACCAGGUGGGGACGGAGGUUACGACCCCUCAGACUAUGCAGAGCCUAUGGAUGCUGUGUCCAAGCCCCGGCCCAGCAACGAGGAGAUCAUCUACUCUGUGCCCCAUGACAGCACGCAGGGCAAGAUAAUCACCAUCCGCAACGCCAACAGGAUGCACUCAAAUGGGAACGGCUCGGACAGUGAGGCAGACAGCAGUUCCCUGGAGCGCUGCAGGAAGUUCUCGGCGGCGGGGGUGAAGCCCCGACUGUACCGUGACCGCUCCAAACGCCUGGGUAAGUUCAGCAGCUUUCGCACUAGCUUCAUUGGCAGCGACGACGAGAUGGGGGCCCUGCCAAAGACCAAGGAGGAUGAGUUUGGAACCCUGAAAGGAGACAUCAUCAAUGAGGAGGGAGAGGACCCCAAGAAGAGGAACAUUCUGAAAAGCCUACGGCGAACUGCCAAGAAAACCAGACCAAAGCCUCGGCCCUCUAUUCCCAAGCCCCUGGAGAGCAACUAUUUCGGGGUACCCCUGGUCAAUGUGGUGUUCCCAGACAGACCUAUCCCACUUUUUAUUGACAAGUGUGUCCACUUCAUUGAGACCACAGGGCUCAACACAGAGGGGCUGUACAGGGUGAGCGGGAACAAGUGUGAGAUGGAGAGCAUGCAGAGGCAGUUUGACCAGGACCAUGGGCUGGACCUAGUGGAGAAGGACUUUGCCAUCAACACGGUGGCUGGGGCUCUGAAGGCCUUCUUCUCUGAGUUGCCGGAGCCGUUGGUGCCCUGCAUUCUGCAGGUGGAGCUGCUCGAGGCCUUCAAAAUCAAUGACAGGGAACAAAGGCUCUACACCAUGAAGGAUGUGCUGAGGAAGUUCCCCAGGGAGAACUAUGACGUUUUCAGAUUUGUCAUGAGCCACUUACACAAGGUGAGCCAGCUGAGCAGACAGAACCUGAUGACCAGUGAGAAUCUGUCCAUCUGUUUCUGGCCCACUCUGAUGCGGCCAGACUUCACCACCAUGGACGCCCUGACGGCCACGCGGACCUACCAGACAAUCAUCGAGACCUUCAUCCACCAGUGUGCUUUCUUCUUCUACAACCAGCCCCUCCUGGACUCCCCCACUGGCCUGGCUGGCCUCCCUGCCUCCCCCACCACCACCCUCACCGGUGGCUCUACCUAUUCCUGCUACCGCUCCUCCCCUCCCCCCACCACCACGCAAUUCAGCCCCCUGCAGCAGUCGCCCCCCACCACCCCCCAGUCACCCCUGCAGUCCCUCCUUCCCCCCCUCCACCAACACCCCCACUGCACCCCCACCGAGCAAGAAACACUGUAAAAGACACUGUGAAAGACACUGAGAAGGGAGCACACGCCGUACCCCUGAUCUGACCUGAUCCUCCGUCACUUACACACACACACACAAACACACACACCAACACACACACUGACACUACCUUGUUUGGUCAUUGAUAAUAACAUAGAUAAAGAGAGAGAGGAGACGAGGAGCGCUUGACAAACAAACUUGCCACUAGUGAACAGCAUCCAGCUGACCUGCCACCUGUGUGCCAGUGCAGAUUCCAAUGCUGACUCUUCCCCUCCACCCCCUAUAGCCCCUGAUAACCUGGAAUGCGACUCUAGGACUCGCCAACAGGAGGCCCAGGGGAAAGAACAGAGUGGGUUUCAUUGUUACAGUAAGACUCUCUCUGCCAACCAACCAUUUUAACCCUAAUGAUACACUAUAAUGAAAAAGUCCAAGCCUCCAUGUCAAGUUGGAAGAUAUGAUUUGUGCCCAUAGCUAUGUUGUUAUUUGUGUAUAAUAAUUUUACAUCUGUUUGUUAAUGAAAGUAGCCACUGGAUGUGUGGACUGUGCUCUGAAGGCUGUCGGCAGUAACGUGCCACACCGCUGUUUGGGGAGCCUACCUCUCUGCCUGAAGGACCCCUGCUAUGUGGU